CCUCUGAAAUCUUGUCGCAGUCCGCAGACACCGGCUGGAGCGGGUUUGUGCACUGUGAUUACACAGGUUGUUUCUUGGGGACAGCCGAUUUUUCCAGUGGAAACUUAGACAAGAAAGGGUCCUGGGAGGUGAAAGCUGCUGAAGAAAGCAAAGAAAGAGAAUUAAGUGAGUCCUGAAGGAGACGUCAUCACAGCGCUCCGGAAGCGGUCCGACAAUGAAAGGUGUCAUCUACCAUGUCUUUUCUCAUAAAGAAGCCAAAGAGCAUGAUGUGCAGGAGCUGGGAACCCAGCAGGCUGAGGCCUUUGUGCAAGCCUUCCUGAAGCGGAGCAUGCCACAUUUGAGCCAAGAAGACUGUGAGAGCCAUCUGCAGCGGAAGGCUGUGGUCUUGGAAUACUACACCCGCCAGAGGCCAAAGCAGAAGAAGAAAUCCAAAGGCCUCUCUGCCAAACAGAGGAGAGACAUGCGGCUCUUUGACAUUAAACCAGAGCAACAAAGAUACAGUCUCUUCCUCCCACUGCAUGAACUCUGGAAGCAGUACAUCCGAGACCUGUGCAAUGGGCUCAAGCCGGACACGCAGCCGCAGAUGAUUCAGGCCAAGCUGCUCAAGGCGGAUCUUCAUGGUGCUGUUAUUUCAGUCACAAAAUCCAAGUGCCCCUCCUAUGUGGGCGUCACAGGAAUCCUUCUUCAGGAGACCAAGCACGUCUUCAAGAUCAUCACCAAAGAAGACCACCUGAAAGUUAUCCCCAAGCAAAACUGUGUGUUCACCAUAGAAAUUGAUGACUUCAUUUCCUACAUUUAUGGAAGCAAAUUCCAGCUUAGGUCAAGUGAGCGGUCUGCCAAGAAGUUCAAAGCAAAGGGAACAAUUGACCUGUGAGCUCUUUGCCGCUGGAGACAGAUGUCCCUGACAGCUGAGACGUGGGGACACCCUAAAUACCCACGUUUCCACGAAGAGCCUUCUGAGUGUAGCCCGCCUCUACAGCGAAAGCAGGGUGGGUGAAGAACAUG